ACCUUCCUCUCACAAUAAUUCCUUACACAAACAAUUGUCUUUAUAUUCUUUGUUUACGCCAAGAGACGAAGCAAGCAAGAAAAAGAGAGAAAAAUGUUGCAUAGCAUUAUUGAUGCCAUUACAGGUGAUCAUAGUAAUGGUACUAAAAAGAUGGUGAAGAAAAUCAAAGGGACUGUUGUGCUGAUGAAGAAAAAUGUUCUGGACUUCAAUGAUUUCAAUGCAUCAGUUCUUGAUCGUGUUCAUGAGUUCUUAGGCCAAGGAGUCUCUCUGCAACUCGUUAGCGCUGUUAACAGUGAUCCUUCUGAGAAUGAUUUGAAAGGGAAGCUAGGAGAGCCUGCAUAUUUGGAAGAAUGGAUUACCACCAUCACUUCCUUAACCGCCGGCGAGUCGGCUUUCAAGGUCACCUUUGACUGGGAUGAGGAGAUUGGAGUUCCAGGGGCAUUUCUGAUAAGAAACAAUCAUCACAGUGAAUUCUACCUCAAGACUGUCACACUUGAAGAUGUUCCUGGCCAAGGCCGAGUCCACUUUGUUUGCAACUCGUGGAUUUAUCCUACGAAGCGUUACAAUUAUGAUCGCGUUUUCUUCACUAACCAGAAUUAUCUGCCGCACGAGACACCUGCACCGCUACGUAAAUACAGGGAAGAAGAACUGGUUAAAUUGAGAGGAGAUGGAAAAGGAGAGCUUAAGGAAUGGGACCGCGUUUACGACUAUGCUUACUACAAUGAUUUGGGAGAUCCUGACAAGGGUGCAAAGUAUGUCCGCCCUGUUCUUGGUGGAUCUUCUGAGUACCCUUAUCCUCGUAGGGGCAGAACUGGCCGAGAACCAGCAAAAUCAGAUCCCAACACUGAGAGCAGGCUGCCACUUCUCAUGAGCUUAAACAUAUAUGUUCCAAGAGAUGAACGAUUCGGUCACCUGAAGUUGGCCGACUUCCUUGCUUAUGCACUGAAAUCCGUCGCUCAAUUUAUUAAGCCUGAACUGGAAGCUUUACGUGACAGCACCCCUAAUGAGUUUGACUCCUUUGCUGAUGUACUGGAUCUCUAUGAGGGAGGGUUUAAGCUGCCUGAUGGUCCCCUACUAGAAAAUCUUAAGAAAAACAUUCCCGUGGAGAUGCUCAAGGAAAUUAUUCGAACUGAUGGAGAAGGCCUUUUCAGAUUUCCAAAGCCUCAAGUGAUUCAAGAGAGCAAUUCUGCUUGGAGGACGGAUGAAGAAUUCGGUAGAGAAAUGCUGUCUGGAGUAAACCCUGUUCUCAUCCGUCGUCUUGAGGAAUUCCCUCCCAAAAGCAAGCUAGACAGCAAACUUUAUGGUGAUCAAAACAGCACCAUAACUGAGGAGCACAUCAAGGAUAGUCUGGAUGGACUGUCCAUAGAUGAGGCGAUCGAGAAGAACAGGAUGUUCAUAUUAGAUCACCAUGAUGCAUUGAUGCCAUACCUGAGGAGGAUAAACACUACUACCACGAAGACUUAUGCAUCAAGGACUCUGCUUUUCUUGAAAGAUGACGGGACUUUGAAGCCUCUUGUAAUUGAGUUAAGCUUGCCCCAUGAAGAAGGAGAUGAAUUUGGAGCCAUUAGCAAAGUCUACACCCCAGCUGAACAUGGCGUUGAAGGCUCCAUUUGGGAUCUGGCUAAAGCUUAUGUGGCUGUUAACGACUCCGGUUACCAUCAGCUUAUUAGCCAUUUCUUGAACACUCAUGCUGUGAGUGAGCCAUUUGUGAUUGCAACAAAUAGACAACUCAGCGUGCUUCACCCAAUCUAUAAACUUUUGGAACCUCACUUCCGUGACACAAUGAACAUCAAUGCGCUCGCUAGGCAGACGCUCAUCAAUGCUGGUGGAAUCCUGGAAUCAACGGUUUAUCCUGCAAAGUAUGCCAUGGAAAUGUCAUCAGUAAUUUACAAAAACUGGAAUUUCACAGAGCAAGCACUUCCUGAAGACCUGAAGAAGAGAGGAGUGGCAGUUGAGGAUCCAAAGUCUCCACAUGGUGUUCGCCUUCUGAUAGAAGACUAUCCAUACGCUGUUGAUGGGCUACAGAUAUGGUCAGCAAUCAAAGAAUGGGUCAGAGACUAUUGCUCUUUCUACUACAAGAAUGAUGAGAUGAUUCAAAAGGAUUCUGAACUACAAUCAUGGUGGAAGGAAGUGAGAGAGGAAGGGCAUGGUGACCUGAAAGAUGCACCCUGGUGGCCUAAGAUGCUGACUCGUGAAGAGCUAAUAGACUCAUGCACCAUAAUCAUAUGGGUGGCGUCAGCUCUCCAUGCAGCUGUCAAUUUUGGUCAGUACCCUUAUGCAGGCUACCUUCCCAAUCGUCCAACCGUAAGCCGAAGGUUCAUGCCCGAGGAAGGCUCUCCUGAAUAUGAGGAGCUCAAGUCGAACCCUGAUAAGGCUUUCUUGAAAACAAUCACUGCACAGUUGCAAACACUUCUUGGAAUUUCCCUCAUAGAAAUUCUGUCAAGGCAUUCCUCAGAUGAGGUGUAUCUUGGACAGAGAGACACUCAUGAAUGGACAGCAGACAAGAAACCAUUAGAGGCGUUUGAGAAAUUUGGAAAGAAACUGGCAGAAAUCGAGGACAAAAUGCUAGACAUGAACAAAGCUGGGAAAUGGAAGAAUCGGGUCGGUCCAGUCGAGGUGCCAUACACUUUGUUGGUUCCUACCAGUGAAGGUGGACUCACUGGAAGGGGAAUUCCUAACAGCGUCUCAAUCUAAAUCUUCUCCAUAAGACUAUUUAUUCUAUUCUUACUCAUUUGUCGGUAUGAAAGCAGUACCUGAUUCUUGUUAGCAUCCAAGGCACAUAUGUCCUGAUGUAAUAAACUCCAUAAAUAAUGCAGAAUAAAAGUUGUUCCUUUUUGUCA